UUUCACAGUCACACUGCCCGGCAGAUAAUAAUAAAACUUGUUCAAAAUAAUAAAUUUUUAAAUAUACCCGGAACCAUGUCAAGCGAGUGUCGCAUAUGUUGCGAGAAGAUCUUCACCCCGCAUCCGAAGAACCUCUUUGAGAAGCGCAACCACCGGAUUUUAACGGCAAUCCAACAAAUCACUGGUUUAGAGAUAGUAUUGGAGGAGCCGCUACCCAAGCACAUAUGUUCUUGCUGCCUGCUGGAUCUAAGCCAUGCCGUUGCCUUCCGGCAGCGCUGUUUGCAGGCACACGAGUAUCUGCACCGGAACCCCAACAGAUCGAAUGACGACUUGGCUGGCAGCGAUUCGGGUAUCAAGAACGAGCUGAAACGUGAACUUGAUGAAGAUGACUACGAAAAUUCCUUUACCUCUGAAGAUAAGGAUGAAUUCGCAUCACCUACGGUGUCCUCGCCGGUGUCCAAAAAAAUAAAACAGGAGACACGGAUGCCCAACAGCCAAUCGCCGCGCGUUAGGAUCAAGCGCCUUCACGUGCCGGAGCGUCGGAAACCGGCUACGUCAGAGAAAACUGACAGGGGCGUCCGUAAAAAACGUUAUCGCCCCAAGGUUUAUCCCAAGGACAAGAAAUAUGUGUGUGAUCAGUGCGGCUGGGCUUUUGCCGAUAUGAGCAACAUGAAGGACCACAAGCUGCGGCACUUUGAGAAGAAACACGUUUGUGACGAAUGCGGACGAAAGUUCUACACUCAGCCGCUGCUCAGGCUGCACAUUCGGGUGCACCACAAGGGAGAAAAGCCUUAUGUGUGCAAGUACUGCGGAAUGGGAUUCAACAACAGUCCCGCCCGCUGUCGGCAUGAGCGACAAGUGCAUCCCAACGAACUCGCCUUUAAAUGCAAAAUCUGCGAUAAACGCUUCAACAGCGAAAAGAGCCGGAUCAAGCAUCAGGACGGGCACAAGAGCAACCAACCCGAUGUGCACUAUUGCGAAACCUGCAACAAAGAGUUCAAGGAGGCCUCGUUUCUGCAUCGGCACUUCGCCACCAAGUACCAUCGCAAGCGCAUGAAUCGGCUAGCGGAGAAUCCGGGUGACGAGGGGAACAUGACCGAUCUGGACGAAAGCCAGGGGGAUCCAGAAGACUUAAACCAGGAAGACUUGGAUGACCUCUUUGAAGCAAUUAACGACGACCAGUAUACUGAAGAUCAGUAUACCGACGAUUUCGUUAAUGCUGACGACGACGAAAAUGGCCAGAUUCUUGAGGAGGAGCAUUACGAGGAUGCCGACUAUGAAGCAGCUUAUUUGGAGGAACUGGACGAUUAGCGGCUCUUAAAACGGAAACAGAAGUACCAGGAAAGCUUGAUAUAUAGGUGUAUUGGUUCAGUUCAAACAGUUCCAAGGUGUGUGGAACCAUUAUUUGUGUGUCGAAAACUCUUCUUUUAAGUUGUACCAAUCCAGACACCAGUUUCAAAGCAAAUGAUGAAAUAUAUUAUUAUUAUUUAUCUAAUGAAA